CGCUACUAACCUCCAUCCCUAUCCUGCUUGUCUGGUGCUAUCUUCAACAUCCAUCUUCGAACUUCAUAACACGUUUGUCCCAACUGUAGACACGUGCCGUUUUCAUCCGUCGCUCUUUCGAAACCCGCUCCCUCUGACGUGCAGUCUCCCCCACAUUUCGCGAUCGCUCCGUGGACCCUGUUUACAUCAUCAGGCAGCCGGCCCAUACCAACUUUCAACCCACAACACUCCGUCCUUACACAUCACCACAAUGCGCUUUGCAUCAACACUUCUUCUCGCCCUUCCGGCGCUAGCUCUCGCGGAAGAGCAGAUCCCUCUGCUCGAAAAGGUCAAGGGUUUCUUCAACAAGGCUACUGCUGCUGUGUCCUCGGCAAUUCCUGCUGCCCCAUCUGCACCUAUCAAUGCGGCAGCAAACAAGGCAGCCGCAAAGGCAGCGGAAGCUAUCCAGCACCCCCUCACUCUAGAGAACUGGAAAGAGGUCUUGACCGUUGACCCCACGGCCAGCACGCCCACGACACAGGAGUGGUUGAUCUUCGUCACUGGUGGUAACUCGACAUGUUUUGGCUUCUGUGGCAACGCGACCAAGGCGUGGAACGCAUCUCUUCCAAUCAUCGCCGCAAAGCCCAAUGCGCCGAAAUUCGCUUACCUUGACUGCGAGACCGAGAACAUUCUCUGCAACGCGUGGUCCGUCGGCGCGCCCUCGCUUUACUACUUCCAGAUCCCCAAGCCUCUGGCUGAUCAGUCCGCGCCCGUUCCCACCGUCCGCUACAGGCCCUUGAACCGCACUUCCACCACGACCGAGACAUUCAAGACCCUCAUUGUUGAUAACGAGAUUCUAAAGGUCGAGCCAUAUGAGGGCCUCUUCCAUCCUUUCAACGGUCUGCUUCAGCAGUACAACUUGGCUAUUCCGUACGGUUAUGCUACUUGGGGCUUCUCGAAGAUGCCAUCGUGGCUGCCAAUGAUCUUGAUUUCGUUCGCUAGCAGGUCUUUCAUGGGCAAGCGUAUGGGCGGGCCCACUCCUCCACCGCAGGGUGCCGCACGACCAGCCCAGUAAAUCACUCCGGUACCGCUUCUUGCUGGUUUCGGCUAGGGAUAGAAACGGCGCUGUUAUUCGCUUGCAAUCUUAUAAAGUUGCUCAUAGGGUUUGGUCACCAUAUAUCAGUUUGUAAUUCGAACGUUUGUUCUGGACGGUGUACGGCUGCUCUACAACGGCAACUGGGAUGAAGAAAGGAUGCUGAUCUGGGAUGAGCGGCUUAAUGUGGUGCAAGAUAUAUAGGGAGGCGUCAGCAAAAUCAUUCCACAACCUUUUUGAAUCCCAUUCCCCAAAUCAAAACGUCUAACACG